ACCUCAACUCCAUGAUGGCUUGAAUGGCUUUCUGAUUCGCUCAUCUCCUCUCCUUAUCCGCAACACCAGCAUAUAGCAUGCCCACUCAACACUCCUCCAACAUCGGCCCAUCGGGUCCCCUCUGCCCACGUCUUCGGCACAUCCUCACGGGCACCUUUAAUUCCAACUUCCUCCACCUGCUCCGCUUCGACUCGCUCACAAAGUCACUUACUCUCCUCCUGUCUGUGCCUGCACUGGGACCGCAUCAGUAUCUUGCGGCUCUUCCAGGGGACGCGGGAAAGGGAGAGCGUAUCGUGUAUGCCACCACUUGGGCUGAGCAGUCCAGCAUAAGCGCUUGGAGGGUGACCGGCCUGCUUGGGAACGGAGGGAUGGCGAGUGGGGAGCCAAAGGUGGAGCUUAUCAACUCACGACCGAUCAUAAGUGCAGGUAGCUACUUGAGCGUGCGUGAGCAACAAGCAGCGUCCUCGACUUCCCGUGCUUUUCUGUAUCAAGCAGGCGGUCCCACGGGUGAGGUCUUCGCCCUCGACACUCCUAGCGGGGCGAUCGGGGAUCGAGUGCAGGACCUCAUCUUUGUCAAAGACAUGCCAGAUGAGGGGCCACAAGAAGGGCAAAGAGGCUCAGUAGCAGCAGAAAGAAUACGCCGGGACUCUUCUGUAGACAAGACGCGCAAAGGCCUCAGGUAUGGCGCUCAUAGUGUCGAGUUCGACGACGUUCACAGCCUGGCGUACGUUGCGCACCUCGGCCGCAAUUCCAUCCUUGUCUACUCAGUGGAUCCCCGGUCAGGCCAGCUCACUCUACAGAGUGAAGCUCACUCUCCAGAAGCAGGCGACGGACCUCGACAUGCAGUCGCGUCGAGGGAUGGGAAAUGGGUCUUCGCUGUCACAGAGCAUACAUCUUACGUCGACGCCUAUCGCCUCUCUCCCGCUACCACAACCUCUACACCUACCCUUCGACACGCGCAGCGCCUCACCAUCCUUCCUCCCACGGCGGAAGCACAUUCUUAUCGAGGAGAUACGAUUCGUCUCUCACCCUCUGGGCGAUACCUGGUGGCUACCACUCGUGGCGGCAAGCCAGAAGUCAAGGGGUGGGUCAGAGCGUGGAAGCUUCGCCAGAGCAGCGACGACGGUGAUGGAGAAGUGGCGAAGGGGCAGGGGCCCCCUCUCGACGAUAGCUGGUCGUGGGCAUGUCAGACACCUACGAGUGGGGGAAAGGCUAAUGCUUGGGAGUGGGCGGCGAAGCAGCCUCAACCCCAAAAGCUCAACGCUGCUGCGCGGGAAGACGGGCAGGAGAAGGACAAAAACGACGACGACGACGAUCUUGCAGUUCUGACAGACGAUGAGCGGGGGUAUGUGAGCGUGAUGCGCUUUUCACCUAGCAGAGAGCGGAGUGCAGGGAUCAGGGAAGUGGCAAGGGCGCAACUUCCCGGGGGCAAGGUCGACGAUGAGGACCGGGGUGGUAGCUGCGACCUGGUAGAGCCGUCCGCUCAGAUCCCACUGUCAGCGCACAACGGCGUCACGAGCGAGUACGAAGGGGCGAGCCACGCAAUUUGGCUGGACUAGCCGCACAAAGGGAUUGGGGCGUCUAUGUGGUGAUAUCGUAUUGCCCGCCUCGCUUGUCCGUCUGGAGAAGAGACCGCACGUCGCAGCUUCAUGUGCGGCAGUUC